AUGGAUGUUGGCACUGCUCUACCCAUGGCAACACCACUGCCCUGGCCGCAAGGGACGCCUGCUGGCUGUCGUAAACCUGUCCGUCCGGGUCACCCGAGAGGGCAAGAUGUAUCCCCAGCAGCCUUGCGCUGGGUCCACCAUCCACCACACGAUGCCCGCCAGACGCUCUUUUGGACGAACGCUUCUGAUGUUGAGUACGCUGUGCGCGCCUCCUCUCCCUUACUCCGCCUGACAGGCGACCCCCGUGGCGGGCCGUUGCCAGUCAAGCGGUAUACUUUGCCGCUUUUCGCGAACCAUAGACGGCCUAUUCUGUUGCUUACUCUUCUGUCAUACAGGCGGCCUGCAAAACUUUCGCUAAGGCCUCUGUAUAAAGACGAACGAUUAAAGAUGGAAUUUAAUGCGGUUCAGCAAUACCGCCCAUCACAUAAUAGACCGUAUACCAUGGGACAGUCUUCACCUACACCGGGGGAUCAGAUGAUUUACACAUAUGGUGCCCAGUCUUUACAUGGCCAACAACCACCGCAAGGCCUACAGCAAAUCUCAAGACCAUCGCCACCACAGGCCACGUGGGCGGUGCCACAGACCCACAACCAUUACUAUGCAAUGCCACGCGGACCUCAUAUGAGGAACAGAGACGAAACAGAUCAUAUAGCAAGAUCGAACAUCAACACCUCUCAGUCCCCUGCCAUCAGCACUUCUGCUUAUAGCAACAGUAUGCGUGGCACCGAGUUACCUGCAACAACAGAUUACUUCCCUGGCGUCAUUGACACAAGUACUGAUCCCUCCCAAUACCCAAAGGAUGCAGAACUGACGAUCAAAGGUCCGUGGGGUCAGAAGGUGUGUGAAGAGCUGGAAGCAUUCCCCUCCCUGGACGCCGAUGUUACGGACUUUAGUCAUGGCCUGAUGGGCCAAGAUGAGAACGCACCAAUAAUCGACUUACGACAGUAUACCAGCAUGGGACAACACGAAUCUGAGAACAUUCAAUCAUUCAACCCAAACUCCACACGCCGAAUGUCUGAGUCCUCAUUCUCAAUGUCAAGUACUGGUGGUGUGUUGCCAGAAACUACUUCCUAUGAAGACAUAGGAUCAGCGGAAGCAUUCUCAUACGCACCAGAAUACGAAACAUGGCGGCACUCUGAUCCCUCUGCUGGUCAUCUACUAUCGCCGCUUGCCUCACCUCGAAGACCGCAGUACGAUGGCGUCGUUCGUGGCUCCAGUCGAACUCGCGCUUCUCCCGCUCCCCAUAAUAACGUUCGGUCAUCCCCGUACACACUUGGGAGCAGCCGGUACAAGAGAUGGUCCACUGGGGCUGCACCUACGUCUACUCCAACGAAUUCGCGCCCAAUGUCGCAAGCGAUGGACCGUCAUGCACCGUAUGGUCCGCGUUCCAACCCUCACCACUCAAUGCCAACCUAUCCGCCAAGCGCUUACAACAAUUUCUUUACUCCUGCGCAGCAAAACGUACUAUAUUCGCACAAUCACCAUGUCCAUCCUGGGAAUCAAUCGCUCUAUGCUUCUCAAGACCCAUCUUUUCAACUGGAAAUACCGCGACCUGUACCAUCUCAAGGUCUUUUCCGCCUGCUACAGAGCAACGCAGAUCGUCAUGGAGGUUGCUCCUCACACUUUGCAGAUCUCUCCGAUCCACCUGAUCUAUAUUCAUCAUUGCAUGAAGAAGCCUCAAAUCCACCAGAAUCGGAUAUGAACCCCUCGGAUCCAGAUCUUGUCCCGCAUGAACAAGAUCUCCGGUUCGUGGGCGACCUCUACACACCCCGAUGGGUACGUGGCCAUGGAAACAAGCGCGAAGGAUGGUGUGGACUUUGUAAGCCCGGUCGCUGGCUUGUGCUCAAGAACAGCGCUUUUUGGUACGACAAAUCGUUUACCCAUGGUGUUAGCGCAGCUACUGGGGCCGCAUUUCAAGGUCCACAAGAUACCCGUCGUACCGAAGGCAAUCUCGACGUCUGGGAAGGACUUUGUGGCAGCUGUGGCGAAUGGAUUGCGCUUGUAAGCAGUAAGAAGAAAGGAACGACCUGGUUCCGGCAUGCAUACAAGUGCCACACGCAUCCCAAGGUGAAAGAUGGACCCAAGCGGCGUCGUGAAACCCAAGCUGGACGUGUGCGCGCUGCAUCGUCUGCCUCGACCACAUCGUCGCCUCAUCCUAUGAAGCAGGAGAAAUCGCAUACUGAUGCAAUGCCACACCGACAUUCCACGCCGAUGCCGAUUACAAAUACUUCUUCACCCUUGCCGAACUCUACCACUUCGGCGCCAACGCAGCUCAGCUCCUCGGGUUACCCGAGUAGCACGUCCUACCCUACUUCAGCCUCAGCGACGCCGACAAGCCAUCCAAUGCGCACACCGACUGCAUCUUCAUUCACUGAAGCUGGCCUAGAGACGUCGAGUAUAAAUCAGCCAGUGGUUGGCAUGUUCACUACUCCAUUGCAAAGCCUCUCGAGCUUUUCCGGGACGCAACAACAUGCACAGCAUCUUGGACACCAAGUCAGCGAGCCAGAACUCGUCGGUAUACGGACGACAACUUCCUCGCUCAAUUCAAUCGCGAGCAUGAUUUGA